CUCUGCGAACAGUCCGCCUUGAGAACCCGAUGCGAUCGGUGGUUCUUCGUUGGGAAAUCAGAAAGUCGUGGGUUCUACCUCAGGGUGCGUGAGCGUUAUUACAUACUGACACUGUGUAUUUUGUGAAAAAAAGAAUUGAAUGCAUUAUAAAUAAAGAAGAAGUUCCAUAAUGUCCGGAAAGAUUUCUGUGUGGCUUGCACUUUUGUGUGUCUCUGGUUAUAUACAUAAUGCAGAUUUGCGAAGUAUUCAAAAAGAGGGCUCUCAGUGCGGUUAUCAGAGCUGUCAUCCCACAAAACCCAAUAUGUUGAAUGUGCAUCUGGUGGCACACACUCAUGACGAUGUCGGCUGGCUAAAGACGGUCGAUCAAUAUUAUUAUGGCAGCGAAACUCUAAUCCAGAAGGCAGGAGUGCAAUACAUUAUCGAUUCGGUCGUAGAGGCCCUGCUGAGAGACCCAGAGAAACGUUUCAUUUAUGUGGAAUCCGCUUUCUUCUUCAAAUGGUGGAAGGAGCAGACACCCAAGGUGCAAGAUGCUGUAAAGAUGCUGGUGGAUCAGGGAAGACUGGAGUUCAUUAGCGGUGCCUGGAGCAUGAACGACGAGGCGACGACCCAUUACCAGAGUGUGAUUGAUCAGUUUGCCUGGGGACUGAGGAUGCUGAAUGAUACUUUUGGCGAAUGUGGACGUCCGCGCGUAGGCUGGCAGAUUGAUCCAUUCGGUCACUCCAGGGAAAUGGCCUCGAUGUUCGCCCAGAUGGGCUUUGAUGGCAUGUUCUUUGGGCGAUUGGAUUACCAGGAUAAGGAUAACCGUCUUAUGACCAAAAAUGCUGAGAUGAUAUGGCAUGGAUCGGCCAAUCUGGGAGAGGAAACUGAUCUGUUCAGUGGAGCUCUGUACAACAAUUACCAGGCCCCAGAUGGCUUCUGUUUUGAUGUCCUUUGCAGCGAUGCCCCCAUUAUUGAUGGCAAACACAGCCCCGAUAAUAAUGUGAAAGAGCGCGUUGAUGCCUUCUUUGAAUAUGUUACCAAAAUGGCGGAACAUUAUCGCACUCCCAACUUGAUCCUAACCAUGGGCGAAGAUUUCCACUAUCAGAACGCCGACAUGUGGUACAAGAAUCUGGAUAAGCUGAUUAAAUAUGCCAACGAGCGUCAGGCGAAUGGCUCCAAGAUAAACCUUCUGUACUCCACACCCUCUUGCUAUCUAAAAUCUCUGCACGAUGCCGGCAUUACUUGGCCCGAGAAGAGCGAUGACUUCUUCCCAUAUGCCUCCGAUCCGCAUGCCUACUGGACGGGUUACUUUACCUCGCGUCCCACCUUGAAGCGAUUCGAGCGUGAUGGCAAUCACUUUCUGCAAGUUUGCAAGCAACUCAGUGCCUUGGCUCCCAAGAAAGCCGUGGAGUUCGAACCCCACUUGAAUUUUAUGCGCGAAACUCUCGGAAUCAUGCAGCACCAUGAUGCCAUCACAGGAACAGAGAAGGAGAAGGUGGCCCUGGAUUAUGCAAAGCGAUUAAGCGUUAGCUUCAGGGCCUGUGGUGCCACCACCAGGAAUGUGUUGAAUCAAUUGUCCACACCAGGAAGCGCUCGGGUUGAGGACGCCAAAUAUAAGUUGGAUAUGAAGACGUGUCCUUUGCUUAACAUCACUUCUUGUCCUGUUUCCGAGGAGAACGAUCGAUUCACUCUGACGCUGUACAAUCCUUUGGCUCAUGUGGUGAGUGAAUAUGUGAGGAUUCCAGUGCCAGAUACCAGCUAUAAAAUUAUUGAUAAUAAGGGAGCUGUUCUGGAAGCCCAAGCAGUACCUAUACCAGCCGCCUUGAUAAAUAUUAAGCACAGAGCUUCGACUGCCAAGUACGAACUGGUCUUCUUGGCCACCAAUAUUCCAGCCUUGGGUUAUAGGACUUAUUAUAUAGAAAAGACCGAAAGUGGUGAGGGUUACAAGCAGCCCAGGCUGCUGCCCAAGAAUAAAUCCAGCGUAACAGUAAUUGGAAAUAGUAACAUCAAGUUGGGCUUCGAUACCAAUGGCUUCCUCUCGGAGGUCACAGCAGAUGGCUUAACCAAAUUCGUUAGCCAAGAUUUCCUCUUCUACGAAGGUGCCAUUGGCAACAAUGCCGAGUUCUUGAACCGAUCCUCUGGAGCGUACAUCUUCCGUCCCAACGAAAACAAGCUGCACUUUGCCACCGAACAUGUUGAGAUUGAAGUGUACAAAGGUGACUUGGUCCAGGAGGUCCAUCAGAAGUUCAACGAUUGGAUUAGCCAGGUGGUGCGAGUGUAUGCCAAGGACUCCUUUGCUGAGUUCGAGUGGCUGGUCGGACCAAUUCCCAUUGAGGACGGCAUUGGCAAGGAGGUUAUCACACGCUUUAACUCUGAUAUUGAAUCACAGGGCAUAUUCCACACCGAUUGUAAUGGACGUGAAAUGAUCAAGAGGCAACUCAAUCACCGCGAAACUUGGUCUGUGAAGAUCAACGAAGCUGUUGCUGGAAAUUACUAUCCCAUAACGACCAAGAUAGACCUAGAGGAUGACACUGCCCGCUUGGCUAUACUCACAGACAGAGCCCAGGGUGGCAGCUCCCUUAAGGAUGGUUCCCUGGAACUGAUGGUGCACCGUCGUCUCCUACGGGAUGAUGCCUUCGGCGUGGGCGAGGCUCUGAAUGAGACGGAGUUCGGAGAGGGUUUAAUAGCCCGGGGCAAGCAUCAGCUCUUCUUUGGCAAGUCCUCCGAUCGCGAAGGUGUGUCCCUCAAGGCCCUGGAGCGUUUGACUCAACUGGAGAAGCUACUGCCCACAUGGAAAUUCUUUAGCAACAUGGAGGCCUACACCGCCGAAGAGUGGCGCACUUCCUUUACAAAUGCUUUCAGUGGCGUAUCCCUAGUUCUGCCCAAGGCCGUCCACCUUAUGACCCUCGAGCCUUGGCAUGAAAAUGAGCUACUCGUCCGCUUUGAGCACAUUAUGGAGAACAAUGAGGACGAGCUGUACUCCAAGCCUGUUCAGUUCAAUGUCAAGAACGUCCUCAGUUCCUUUGAGAUCACGGGAAUGCGUGAAACCACGCUGGACGGCAAUGCCUGGCUGGACGAGACUCAUCGCCUUCAAUUCGCUCCGGAUCCCGAACAAGCGGCCUUUAACACCUAUGCUACCUUUGAUGAGCCUCAAGCCAAGGCAGUUCACUUGCUGAGUGCCGCGAAACCUAUGCUUGGCGUUCAAUAUGCCGAAGAAGCCUUGCCAGCUGGACAAUUGGGAGCUCAGAGCAACCGUGUCAAGCGAGAUGUGACCACUGAAGAAGUUAGGAAGACCAAGAGGAACCGUAAGUCCAAGCUCAAUGCAGAUGAGGCAGCCAAGGCAGACAAUGGUAGCCAAGAGUUUAUUAUAGAACUGAGUCCCAUGGAGAUACGCACUUUUAUUGUGUAUUUGAAGGAAGCUUAAAGAAAGCUGUACGAAAUUUUGAACUAAUAAAUAAAUACUUUUAAACAA